CCGGCUCUGGCGGUGCCGCUGCCGGGGCGGCCGCGGGGCCGCUGUGUCCGACAGCCCCGGGGUUAUGCCCGGCUGCAGGAGCGGCGCAGGGCCAGGGCCAGCCCGCGGCCGGGGCUCGGAGGUGUCCGGCAGGAGCCGGGGGCGGUGAUCCCAGCAGCACCCCCCGCCCCCGGGAAGGGGUGCGCGGGCGCUCCGCGGCGCGGGAGGAGGAGGAGGAGGAUGAUGCUGCUGAGGAUGCUGAGGAUGCGGCGGGCCGGAGCGGAGCGGGGGUACCCGGGCAGCGCCUGGGUGUGCUGCUGGCUGCUGGGCUGGCAGGCGGCCGCCCUGCAGCUGCCGCCCUGCGAAGAGACAGAUUACCACUUCGAGUACACRGAGUGCGACAGCAGUGGCUCCAGAUGGAGGGUGGCUGUCCCGAAUCCAUCCGUGGAGUGCUCUGGACUACCUGACCCCGUCAAAGGGAAGGAAUGCACUUUUUCCUGUGCCUCUGGUGAGUACCUGGAGAUGAAGAACCAGGCGUGCAGCAAAUGUGCAGAGGGGACCUACUCUCUGGGCAGUGGGAUCAAGUUUGACGAGUGGGACGAGCUGCCAGCGGGAUUCUCCAACGUGGCGACUUUCAUGGACACARCAGUGGGCUCCUCCGAGGGCAAAGCCGACAGCUGCAACAACUCCUCGUGGACGCCUCGAGGGAAUUACAUCGAGUCUAACAGGGAUGAUUGUACAGUUUCUCUCAUCUACGCUGUGCACCUGAAGAAAUCCGGCUCUGUCUUCUUUGAAUACCAGUAUAUUGACAACAACAUCUUCUUUGAGUUUUUUAUACAAAAUGACCAGUGCAAAGAAAUGGAGUCCACGGCAGACAAGUGGGUGAAGCUCACAGACAACGGGGAAUGGGGCUCUCAUUCUGUAACUCUGAAAUCAGGCAGCAAUAUAUUAUACUGGAGAACAACAGGGAUUCUCAUGGGCUCCAAAGUAGUAAAACCAGUUCUAGUGAAGAACAUCACAAUUGAAGGAGUUGCGUACACGUCUGAAUGCUUCGCGUGCAAGCCUGGUACCUUCAGUGACAAACCUGGGGCUUCUGGCUGCCAGGUGUGCCCACGAGACACUUAUUCUGAGAAAGGGGCUAAAGAGUGCACCAAGUGUAAAGAAGAAAUGUAUUAUGCAGAGGAGGGAUCCAGUGCGUGUAUAGAGCGACCUCCUUGCACAAGCAAAGACUUUUUCCAGAUCCAUACCCCGUGUGAUAAGGAGGGAAAAACUCAGAUCAUGUACAAGUGGAUUGAACCCAAGAUCUGCAGAGAGGAUCUUCCCGGUGCACUGACCCUCCCUCCUUCUGGAGAGAGGCAGGACUGUCCACCCUGCAAUCCUGGCUUCUACAACAACGCCUCAUCUUCCUGUACUCCCUGCCCACCAGGCACAUUUUCGGAUGGCACACAGGAGUGCAAAGCCUGCCCUGCUGGGACCGAGCCAGCUCUUGGGUUUGAGUACAAGUGGUGGAACAUCCUGCCUGGAAACAUGAAGACAUCUUGCUUUAAUGUUGGCAACUCAAAGUGUGAUGGGAUGAAUGGUUGGGAGGUGGCUGGUGACCACAUCCAGAGUGGGGCAGGAGGCUCUGACAAUGACUAUCUUAUCUUGAACCUGCACAUCCCAGGAUUUAAACCUCCGACAUCMGUGACAGGAGCAACUGGGUCAGAACUCGGACGGAUUACUUUUAUUUUUGAGACCAUCUGUUCAGCAGAUUGUGUGCUGUACUUUAUGGCAGAUGUUAAUCGAAAAAAUACCAAUGUGGUGGAAUCAUGGGAAAGAAGUAAAGAAAGACAAUCCUACACUCACAUCAUCUCCAAAAACGCUUCCUUCACCUUCACUUGGGCCUUUCAGAGAAUAAAUGAGGGCCAAGAUAGCAGACAGUUCAUCAAUGACAUGGCCAAGAUCUACUCCAUCACAGUGACCAACGCAGUGGACGGAGUGGCCUCCUCUUGCCGSGCCUGUGCCCUGGGCUCUGAGCAGUUGGGCUCAUCCUGCGUGCCCUGCCCACCAGGACAUUACAUCGAGAAAGAGAGCAGCCAGUGCAAGGAGUGUCCGCCCGACACCUUCCUGUCCAUCCACCAGGUCUAUGGCAGGGAGGCCUGCAUCCCCUGUGGGCCUGGCAGCAAGAGCACCAAGGACCACUCUGCCUGCUACAGUGACUGCCUGGUGUCCUACAUCAAGGACAACCAGAGCCUGAAUUACAAUUUUAGCAACCUCAGCCAGGUGGGCUCACUGAUGAGCGGACCCAGCUUCACUUCCCGAGGGACCAAGUUCUUCCACUUCUUUAACAUCAGCCUGUGUGGGAAUGAGGGGAAGAAGAUGGCAAUUUGCACUGACAAUAUCACAGAUGUUACUCUGAAGGACAUGGUUGCAGAAUCAGAAGAUUUUUCUAAUUUUGUGGGAGCUUUUGUCUGUCAGUCCACCAUCAUCCCAUCAGACAGCAAGGGUUUUCGAACAGCCCUGGCUCUGCAGUCCAACAGCCUUGCUGACAGGUUCUUAGGAGCUACUGUUGAAACAACACUGGAAAAUAUCAGCAUCAAGGCAGACAUGUUUCCUCCCUCUCCAAUCAAAAUACCGGAUGUGCAUUUCUUUUACAAGUCCUCAACAGUGACAACCUCCUGUGAAAAUGGCAGAGCAACUGUAGUGGCAAUGAGAUGCAACCCCAACAAACCAAAUCAAGGAGAGCUUUCUGUSCCCAGCUCCUGCCCCGCGGGCACCUGUGAUGGAUGCACUUUCUACUUCAUGUGGGAAAGUGCAGAAGCUUGUCCUCUYUGCACAGAGCAAGACUACCACGAGAUUGAGGGGGCCUGCAAAAAGGGAUUUCAGGAAACCUUGUAUGUAUGGAAUGARCCAAAGCAUUGCAUUAAAGGAGUUUCCUUGCCAGAAAAAAGGACAAGCCCUUGUGAAACAGUAGAUUUUUGGCUUAAAGUUGGAGCUGGUGUUGGUGCUUUCACAGCUGUUCUGCUCAUAGCCUUGACUUGCUAUUUUUGGAAGAAGAACCAGAAACUGGAGUAUAAAUAUUCCAAAUUAGUGAUGACAACGAACUCAAAAGAAUGUGAACUGCCAGCUGCUGACAGCUGUGCUAUAAUGGAAGGAGAAGAUAAUGAAGAAGAAAUAGUAUAUUCAAAUAAGCAGUCACUGCUGGGGAAGCUCAAGUCCUUGGCAACUAAGGAAAAGGAAGAUAAUUUUGAAUCUGUUCAACUGAAAUCUUCAAGAUCCCAGAAUAUAUGAAGAACUAAUGCUGCCUUCAAAGAAACAAACCUAAUUUCUAUUUUUACAGGACCAUAUUUUAAACAUAUUCUGGCACACAUUAUAGUGGUGAUCUUGGUGAGAAAUGCUUGGCCAUUUAGGAGGAAAGAAGACAGGAAGCAAACCAGAAAAUUGGAUUGCCUUACCAUGUGAUUGAGUACCUUGCCAAAAAAAGAAAGCAGAUGCUUGGAUUCCACACUGGGAAUGAAAUUCAACUCAGGAAGAGAUAAACAUACUGCAAAUAACAUGAAUUUUUUGCAUUCACCUGGGCAUCACUCAGGCAUGCCAUAUGAUUUAUAGGUACCUUUUGUUUCCUUCUCACUCCUUCUAUGUUUAUUCCUAAGAAAUGAUUAUCAGGGAGGCCUGCAACCUCCUGCAAAGGUUGUGUGUUSUUGUUUACUGGCACAACUGUGAGUCUCUCUUGAAAUCAAAAUUGUGAAUGGUACUUGGAAUGAGCCUCAGGUGAGUUUUGAACUCUGGAAAAUACUUUUAAUUUCAAYGCUUUGAAGGUCUGGGUGGUCUGUGUUGACCUCUAAUACAAGAGAAAUGGUGGUGCACCUGCAAACUACACCUGUUCUGGUGCUUAAUUCAUGGCCAUCAGGGUUGGGGUAAAACCUYGUGCUAUUAAAUUUAAAUUUGAUGCUGUUGUGUGGAUUGUAGGUCUGGCCCCAUGAGUUUAUAGGCAGCAGUAGGUUCAAACUCUAUAGAGAGAUGUAAAGUGGUACCUACAGUGCAAGUUGCACUUGUCCCUCUCUGUGGAAGCUUGUCCUUUCGAGAGAGGUCUUUGGCAGAUUCCGUGUCCUCCCUUGUGCUGCAUAAAUGUCACCUUUCCCAGGGCUAGGACCCAGCAAAGCCUGAACUCUGGAGGUACAGCAAAAAUCUCUACUUUUGGGAAUCAGGGAUCAGCUUUGUCAGUUGGGAGGCUUGUUAGAAAUAGUCAGCCUGCUUUAUUCCUGGGCCCACACAAGGAAUGAGGAUGGAUGGAUGGAUGGAUGGAUGGAUGGAUGGAUGGAUGGAUGGAUGGAUGGAUGGAUGGAUGGAUGGAUGGAUGGGAUGGAUGGG